AUGCAGAGCGAUCUAGCGCGGGAUCAAACACCCGAGCCAGAGCCGGGAUCAGUUGAGCAAGACUAUGAACAUCCGGUCUCAUUCCACGACGCAGAACCAGCCCCAGCUUCGACUCUUGACGCGCUGGGCGAGUUCAUCAGGAAUCAUGACCGAGACGCAGCAGAUGCGGCCGCUAAAACUUGGGCUUAUCAAACAAACGGCAAAGAAAGCCCGGUGCAUUUCUCAGACACGGGCUUUACGCACAUAUCGGAUGAUGACGUUGAGCGGAAUCCAUCCUUAGGGCUGACUGUCGAGAUUAACGCUAGCUCUGCAUUCUCGGUUGAUGAGGGAUAUGAGAACCCUAAUACCGAAGAGCCAGAGCCAAUCCCUGAAAUCACAUACUAUGAUCAACUGCCCCGUAUUCCUCCUCCCAAUCAGCCACUAGGAGCUGAACUACAUAACGCAGGCUGGUUUGACCUCGAGAGAGUUAUUGGGACCAUCCAGAAUGGAUAUUCGGCCGAAGAAUUGCGCGAAUAUCUGAGCUACUACCAUAAGAUUGACGCAGAUCUAUUAAAGGACAGUCUCAACGAAGAAAUCGUGGGACUCCCAGCAAUUUUCUUUGUCGUCGAAACCAAUGACGCGGAGCUCAUUCGCCAGUGGAUCAAAUACGGCGGUGAUCCAAACGCUACCUAUGGACCUCUUCGUUUCCCCGUCUUAGCCUUUGCGAUUCUGCGGUGCGCUCGUCCUCGUCUACAAGCGGCCAAGACCGUAGAGACGCUGCUCAGGCUUGGCGCAUCGCCCCUUGUCGUUCCCGCGGCAUACUAUGACCCAUUCGAUCGGGACCUUCCGGAGUCUGGUCCUGAUGAGAAAGAGCUACAAGACAUCGUGGAUGGUGAGAGACUCUGGUGCUCGCCAGAGAUACGGCCACAGUUAGCCGCCGCAUUGAGUUUAACACAGCGAUACCUCCUUUGGAGAGCAUCGAGGCUAGAACCGCCAUCCGGUCGCGAAAGAACGCUCGCUCUGCGAAGAAACGCGGAAGAGAUCCUCGGCCUGGAACAAACUAUCAUCGGACAACGACUAGCAGCAUGGACUUUGAAGAAGAGCUUCCUGGUAAAUCUCGCUAUACCAGGCAGGAAGCCGCUGGUGCUCUUUUUCGGUGGACUUAAAGGCCACGGGAAGAGCGACCUCGUAAAUGAAUUAGGGCGUCUCCUAUCAUUGGAUAUUGAGAGGGUUGACUCUACCCACAUCAGGGGCGAGGACGAGCUAUUCGGCCUCAAAGCACCGGAGCAGGGUCAUGAGCUAGGCUCACCUUUGAACAAUUUCCUCGCUAGAAAAACCGGACAAAGAAGUAUCGUGUUCAUCGAAGAGUUCGAAAAGACAAGCGAAGAUAUCCGCAAGGCGCUUUUGAGUCCUUUUGACUUGGGUGAAUACACGGACCGCCGAGACGGCCAGAAGAUCGAUUGUGCCGACACUAUUUGGAUCUUGUCGACGGACAAGUUUGACAACACGAUUCGCAGCUUCUGCGAGGCUAACAGCAAAUUAUUACGCGAUUCCGAUUUACGAUUAGAGCACUUUGCGCUUAAGAAACAGCUCUCUCGCCAGCUUCGUCAUGAUUCUAUUGCUAGCUUUGGAGCUCGAUUGACCAGCCGGGUUACUGAGAUUGUCCCCUUCCUGACGUUUAAUGCAGACGAGCAACUAGUGCUGGCCGACAAGUACAUCAUGGAACUAGAGGAGAGGGUUGCUGGACCCGUAGUCAACUCGGUGGAUCCCGAAGAGGAGAGUCUCAUUGGUAAUGUCCAGCUGAAGAUCACAAACAAUGCCGCCGUAUGCUCUACCAUUGCGAAGGAGUACUACUUACCCGAACUCGGAGCCAAGAGUAUCUCUCGUGGUGUUGAUUCGGUUAUUGCGACUCCGUUAAUAGGCUUGUACUUGGAAGACGGCGACGACUUUAGCGAAGAUCAGCCGGAAACGAAAUACAAGGUCGGAACGAACGAAGAGAAUGAGGUGGAAGUGUCCCCUCUGUCGGAUACGAUAGGUACCAACGGCUAUUUGGGAUUCAAGUACUCGUGGUAG